AUUACCAAGAGACGCUGCUGGGGCCGCCUACCACUGACAGCUGAACUGGAACCUCAAAGUUGUGCCGCAAAGCGGCAGAACUGGGCACAGUUGCAUGUUGCUUCUGACUACUGUACGAGCAUGGAUGUAAAGAAAAGGCGUUCAUUUAAUUAGAAUAUUCCCAUAGCCUUUUAACAACUGUGGAAAAAAAGUGAUUAGGCUACAUUGAACGGAAAACGAAAAUAGAAUGUACCGUGGGUUUUCAAUUCCAGUUCUUGCGGAGCGAAGUCGAAACAAGGAGCGUCUGAAGGCAAAUUUAGCCGGGUUAUGUGAGUUGGAAUUGCUUAAACAACGGCAGGAGUGCCUGGUGUUGGGUGCACUGUCGCUCGGGGAUACUGUUCACUGCCCCGACGUUUGGCAGCCCGCUCGGUAUAACUCAGAUAAACCAUGCUCCAAGAACGACCAUCGGUGUCAGCCGGGCCUUCGCGGGUCUUACUGGGGGCUGAUGGCCUUCCUGGAGCGCCAGGUAGAUGUGCUGAGGGUGGAUACCAGCCCCGCAGAGCCCCCCAUGCACAGCUUAGAUUUCAAUGAACUGAGUGAAGGCAUGAGAAGAGAAAUGCUUAUGCUCUACGCCAACAACAGAGAAAUGCUCUACGCCAACAACAGAGAAAUGCUCGACGCCAACAACAGAGAAAUGCUCGACGCCAACAACAGACUAAAAUCUGCUGGGGAAGUUUCCAUUGCCCCUCAGGAUGGACAGCUAGACUCUCUGUGCCACACAUCUGCCCUGCACUCUUUCCCAGUCCCAUGUGCCUCUGGUAAUGGGAUCGCUGAGAAGGCCACGGAAUGCCAAGAGGAGUCUUGGCCCUGUCUGCCCCAAGAUGGACCUGGGAAUGUGGAAGAGGAUUUGGAGAUGGUGAUGGGGGAGAUGAGGAAAAGCAAGCCUACAGAAGAUUACUACUGCCAAGCCAAGAAUGUGGAGACCUACAUCCUGGGCCUGAUCCACCGCAGCCCCAUACCUUCACUGCUCAGGCCCAACAAGCCCCGCACAAGCCUGGUACACGAUGGCAUCACUGUGGUUCGGAAGAGCAGCUUCUGUUGCAAAGAAGGCCAGGACCUGCCCCUGAGCUGCAGAGCAGAGGGCCUGUCUCCCUGGGCUAGCAGCAGUUUGGACCAGGAACCCUAUGAGCUAAUGCCUCUGCAUGAAGAUGUUCAUGUCAAUCAUCUUCACCAACAACAGCCACCACCACCCCUUCAGCCAGGUCGCUAUCCCAGGACCAGAAAGCCUUCCCUGAUCAACAACCCACACUCUGCCUCCCUGGACUGUCCACUCUCCUGCCGACCCACUGCCAAUCAGGACCCCAGCAGCAGUGAGCCUGACUCACCCCAUCACCACUCUCAUCAGGCCCCUUCUUCACUGCCCCUGCCUGACCCAAAACUGGUAAAUGCCCAGUACAUCCCUGCCUAUCCAUGCCAGGCACCUACACGUUCAUUUGCUCGUGCCGUACUCCACUCCCACCGACCCCCUGGAGGGCCGAAAUCCAGCCAAAGUGCCUUUCCUCCAGAGAGAAGCAGCAUCCAACAACAGCAGCAGCUUCCACCUCCACUCCAGAUGCAGUCCAAGUCCAGAGGUGUACCCAAAAAAUUUCGCUUUAGUGAGGAGAGACCUGCCUUCAAGAAGCCUGGGAAACGAGCAUGCCGAUCGCAGUCAGAGAACAGCCUUCUGGGUCAGAGAGGUGUGCCUGAGCACAAGUACAACACAUUGGAAAAGGAUGGAGGAAGUGGACUUGGAGGAGGAGAAGGAAGGGGAGGAGGAGGGGGAGAAGGAGGAGGUCGUGGAGGUCAAACCCGAGGGAAGAAGACUCAGCUAAGCAGUCGGGGUGGUAGUGCCAGUAGCUACCGACGCUGGCUUUCUACCUUGGAGUUGAGCCAGGAUGAACAGCUGCCUGGCCUGCCUCUAGCUCCUGCUGCUGCCAGCCAGCUGGAAGCAGGAAUCUCCAGGCGCAACCGUAAAGCAAGGCCUGGACCUCCGAGAUGCGCCUACGCCGUCUCCCAUCCUCCUCUCCACAUGGAACACAUGGAGAGGGAGCGGGCUCCCCUUGGCCAGCUUAUAGAUUGCUGCACCCUCCCAGACCACAGGGAGUCUGAGUCCAGCAUCAGUGAGGCAGACUCCCCAGCCUCCAGCUCCCUCUCCAGCGACUCUGAUGAGAGCAGUGGCUUCGUGUGGCCCCAGCAGCUGCACCUCCACCUGGCGCUCCCUUCUCCAGCAGGCCCUUCUAAAGGAUCCCUGCAGCCCAAAGCCUUUGUCAAGAUUAAAGCCUCGCAUGCACUCAAGAAGAAGAUCCUGCGCUUCCACACCGGCUCUCUCAAGGUCAUGACUACAGUUUGACUCAAGGCCUGUGUGGAAAGCAGGGUUAGGAGACAUCGCACAUCCUUGUUGUAUGAUUUGCUGGACCACUGCAGUGUGAAAAAUACAGUAGACUAUGGACUAUACAGCUAAAGGUUUGAAGGAACUUGAAGGAAUUUCAGUGCUGCCACAUUGAUAUCAGAAAGCAACUCACCAAAGAAACUGAGCUGACCACUGUUCCCUUAUUGGCUCUGCUCUGACCCAAUACAUUUACAUUUAGUCAUUUAGCAGACGCUCUUAUCCAGAGCGACUUACAGUAAGUACAGGGACAUUCCCCCGAGGCAAGUAAGGUGAAGU